CAGAAAAGUCUCAAGGAAAUGGCGAAGGAGAACCCUACACAAAUAGGCGAUCCAGAACCAACCGAUCAAGAUCGUGGUGCAUUAGCAGAUAAAAGGAAGCACAACAAUAAUGCUGCACCAUCACCAACCGAAGGAGACUUGAAGGAUGGAAGUAGUAAGCCACAACUCAAAAACCAAGAUCUGGCAGGCACUGGAGGCAAGAGGUUAGAUGUGUCUUCUGCGCCAGCACCAACUGAGGGCGAUUUGGACAACCAAGGAGGAGGGAAGUCGUUGAAGGAUAUUGCACAACAGAAGAUCAACAAGGGCAACCCAAGUCAGCUUGGAGAUCCUGUGAGCUUGAAAGCUGAGACUUCCAACAACGAGCCAACAGAUCAAGAUCGAGGAGCGCUGGGGACGAGCAAGAAUGGGAAACCAAAGAUGUGA